AUGAUGAAAUAUGAGUUCAGUCAAUUGCCACCAGACAAAACGGGCUACCAUCUGGCAAUCUCAAUGUCAGCAUUUGCUAACUCCUAUGAAGAGUCUGUCUGUGCCUUUGCUUGCACUGGACAUUUGGGAGCCAGUGUUGCUGCCCUGGUGCACUGGGUGUUGCCUGUGUGCCUGGACUGGGGGCUGGCUCAGCGACUGCCGACAGAUGGAAGUUUUGUGGUUCAUGAUGUUCCUUCAGGAUCUUAUGUAGUGGAAGUUAUAUCACCUGCUCAUAAAUUUGAGCCCGUGCGAGUUGACAUAACUUCAAAAGGCAAAAUGAGAGCAAGAUACGUGAAUUACAUCAAAACCUCUGAAGUUGUCAGGCUGCCAUACCCACUCCAGAUGAAAUCUUCUGGACCUCCUUCAUACUUCAUAAAGAGAGAAUCUUGGGGAUGGACAGAUUUCCUCAUGAACCCUAUGGUGAUGAUGAUGGUUCUUCCAUUACUGAUAUUUGUGCUUUUGCCUAAAGUUGUCAACACCAGUGAUCCUGAUAUGAGACGGGAAAUGGAGCAGUCAAUGAACAUGCUGAAUUCCAACCAUGAGCUGCCGGAUGUCUCUGAGUUCAUGACAAGACUCUUCUCUUCAAAAUCUUCCAGCAAGUCUGCUAGCAGCAGCAGUAAAGCAGGGAAAAGUAGUUCUGGAAAAAGGAGGUAGUUAAGUCUUCCUCCUAAGCCUGAGUUUGCACAACUGUUUGUUUUGUGGUAACAUGUUUAUUUGUCUUGAGAGAUAAAAAAGCCACUACUGUAAACUUUAAUCAGGCACAAAAUACGGUAUGCUACAACUGUGGUGUGCAGCUUUUUUUAGUCUAAAUAAGCUGGUUUGUACUUGACAGUAAGCAAAAGAAGAUAUGGCUUCAAUACUGUAUCUGUAUAAAGUUAUUGAUGAUACUGAAUUAACUAUAUUGUUCUGUAGAGAAUUAUUAUAAAUUAUGUACUAAACAGUAAUGAAUGUCUUAAUCGUAAGACAAUGUAUUAAAAAAUUUCAAAG